UGUGUAAGCCACCGAUCAGCAGUCGCUGCGCCGCCGCCCCGCCUUUUCCCAGGUGUGAUUUCCGUUCCCAUGUUCCCGCUGCUCGGCGAUCUCCGGCGACGCCUUCUCGCCUCAGCCCCUAGACCACCACCCUUGCACCGCCUCUCCACCACCACCUCCACCCCGGCAACCCGCGUCCCUAACACCCCGGUGGCCGUCCUCUGGGACCUCGCCGCCUCUCGCCCGCCCUCCAAACUCCCCCUCUACGACUCCGCCGUCCGCCUCCACCUCGCCGCCUCCUCCUUCGGCCGCCUCCGCCUCUCCGUCGCGUUCCUACACCCCACCCACCGGCUCCCCGCCCUCGACCCGUCCGCCGACGCCAAACAACUCUGCCGCGUCUGCGGCCGCGGUUUCCGCGCCCGCGACGCGCUGCUCCGCCACUUCGACACCAUCCACACCCGCGAGCACGCCAAGCGGCUCGAGCGCAUCGAGUCCGCCCGCGGCGACCGCCGCGUGCGCCUCGCCGCGUCCCUCUCCCUCAAGCUCUCCAAGUACGCCAAGGCCGCCCGCGAGCUCACCGCCGGCGCGAGCCCCGGGUCCCCCGCCGACGAGCUCCACCGAGCCGGAGUCAGCGCGGAGCUCUCCAGGUACCCGUCGGCCUCCCUUCGGGAGCGCGCGCAGGAGGUGCUCGACGAAGGGUCUGUGAGGUGCCUGAUGCUGGUGUCGGGGCAGGACGCGCUCUCCCCUCUGCUCAGGCUCGCGAGGGAGAAGGGCGUGCGCUUGGUGGUCGUUGGCGGGGAGUCCGGGCUCGCAAGGUGGGCCGACGUGGGGUUCACCUGGUCCCAGGUGAUCGCCGGGAAGCCCAGGACGGCGGCGCCAUCCCUGUCUGGGAAAUGGCGGGACAGGGAUGUGCUUAAGAGGCUGGAAUGGAGGUAUGAAGAGGACGACGACGAGGAAGAUGUGGUGUUUGAGGAGGAUGGCGAUUUGGAUGGGUCGGAGGAGUUGGUGGGGAGCACAAACCGAAAGCCAUGGUGGAAGCUGGAGUCUGACGGCGAGGACUCCUGCAUUGGUGGUUGAAAUGGUAAACCGCCGUUUUGCAUAUGGCACAAAUGGUGUAUAUGAUCUUUGAAUUCAAUAUUGAAGGGUUUGGUCAUGUUAUGAACUAAAGCACCUGAAACAUCUGACUCUCUAGAGAGGCUGGCGAGCAAGUCAUUUGCAACAACAACCGAGCCAAGCAUCAUACUUCUGCAAAUACACUAGUACUUGUUUGGGAUAUGCCAGGUUUUGAAAGCUUUUCUGUAUUAAACUAUUUAAGUGUCAGUAAACUGGAUGCAAACACCAAGGAAACCGGGGUGAAGUAAACUUGCAGAGUUUCAGAAGAAAAUAGGCCAGCUAAGCAGAAUGUAUAAUGCACUAGAAGUCCCUUAUGUAACCUGAAGUUGAUUAUGCCAUAUUAACGCCUUCGUUAUCAAAAGAGGUUUUGUGUAGCUUUUUUUCGAGAA